AUGCUGCCAAAUGAAGUUGAGCCCAUUUUGAUCAAGAAAUUUGGUAAAACAUUGUCCAAAUGGGCAAUGAGUUGGUACUCGUUGUUUCUAGAGCAUUCAAUCCAUUCUUUUGAGAUGCUCGCGGAUGCCUUUAUCAAAGCACAUGAUGGAUCAAAUAAGGUGUCAACAAGGAAAGCGGAUAUAUUUAAAAUUUCCCAAGGCGAUGAGGAAUUGCUUCGUGAAUUCGUUAUAAGAUUCCAAAAGGAACAAAUGUUACUGCCGGCUGUUCCGGACGAAUGCGCAGUAGAGGCAUUUGCCAAAGGAUUGAAACGUAAAACUUCUAGUGCCUUGUUGAAAUUAAAAGAAAACCUGCCAAGAAGGAAUGCUGAUUACAAUUCCAUAUUUGGUAAAGAUAGAUAUCAGUCGUAUAGUCAGCAGGAAAGGCCUCGCUCAAGGCCAGAACGAAAUCGGAAUAAUCAGUAUGAAAGACCCGUUUCUGAUAGGAAGGGUGAUUCAGGUCAAAAUAGACGAGGACUGCAGCCCAAGACAACAACAGUUGAUUCUGUGACAAGCAGAACAGAAAAUCCAAGAUUUUCAGAGUACAACUUUAAUAUUGAUUUGGUGGGAUUGGUUGCGGCGAUAAAUAAGAUCGAUGGCGUGAAACGACCCAGACCAAUGAGGUCGGAUCUAAGCCAGAGAGACAUCAGAUUGUUUUAUGACUAUCAUGGAACCCAUGGGCAUCGAACGGAUGACUGUCGAUACCGCAGGGACGAGGUAGCAAGGUUGUUGAAAGGACGGUCACUUACGAGAGUUCUUGAGUGA